UAAACCUCAUCAGAUUCUCCAUUAGCUUCCUAGAAAUCCCCAAAUUCAGACCAAAAUUAAACCCUCCAGGUUCAUAUACCAGAUUAUAAAUGAUAUGAUGAUGAGCAGACCAAACGCCGACCACCUCAAAAUCUCCAAAAAACAACAAGAAAUGGACGACAAUAUUAUUAACACUGCUACUACUUCACCAGCUCUACUGAUGAUGACGAUCCUACGUGGGAUUCAACUGGCCAAAGACCUGGAGCCUAACCUAGCUCACAACCUCGCCACCGAACGUGAUUACAUUGCCCGAGCCUGCGAUGACAUCGUUAGGGUUUUCAGCGGCGUCAGGGAGAGGGUUUCAUCAUCAUCGCCGCCGCAGAUCACCCGUCUGCCGCCGAGCGUUCUUGAUCACACUUGGCUGAUGAGCACCACCGCCCAUGAUCCUCAGCUCUUUCACCCUCACAUGGUGGCGCCACCGCCGCUUCCGGCUCAACCCGCGGCGAGGGUACACCGCUCCGGGAGCGGCGGUAGCUCGCCCCAUCAGCCGGCGGCACAAAGACCAAGACGGCCGAGUAGGAGGGGUGAAAUACACAGACAUACGAAGAUAGUACCAGCUCCUCAGAUGGGAAAUGUUGAUAUUCCACCUGAGGAUGGCUAUACUUGGAGAAAAUAUGGGCAGAAAGAGAUCCUAGGCUCAAGAUUCCCCAGGGCAUACUAUAGAUGCACUCAUCAAAAACUGUAUAGUUGUCCGGCGAAGAAGCAAGUCCAACGUUUGGACGACAAUCCUUUCAUGUUCCAAGUAACCUACCGAUCUAAUCACAUCUGUCACAUGUCCGCCACCGCUCCCUCGUCGGCGCCGCCGCCCCCGCAGCCACCGCUGACGACGUCGAGCGGCGGAGCAGUGACCGGCAGCUGGCUCACCAUGGACAUCAAGCCGGCGGCGGCCGGGGACGCUGCAGGCACGAGUUCCGGCGGCCCUUUCGGUGGCGGCCACGCCGUCUCGGUUUCUAGCACUAGCAACUUGCCCGUGGCAGCCGGCAGCGGCACCGCCGGGCCCUCCACGGCGAGGUAUGAUAGGGAUGUUGUCGGCGGCGACUACGGCGGGCCGGUGGUGGACUUGGUUGACGUCAUGUUCAAUUACUCCGGCAGUAGUAGCAAUAACAGCAUGGAUUUAAUAUUCCCUUCCACGGACCAAAAAGGGGAUAUUUCCGGAGAAAAAAACUAAUUUAAUUAAGGGGAAAUGUCAUAUUUGACCUUAAGUUAUAUUGAGUCUCUAAGUUAUCGGGGGUGUAAAAUUAGUCUUUCCAUUUUUAUUCAAGUGGCACUUUUAGUUUGAACCGACAAAAUUUGCUAAGUUGAUUAAUAGAGAAAUGGCAUGAACUAUAAAUUUGUAACGUCUUUUUGGUCAUCUUUUAUGUCCUAUAAAAUGUUUUUGAUCGACUUACUUUAUUUUCAACUAAAAAAGCAAGAGAAUUAGUCCAAAA